UCCUCGCUUCAAUUCCAUUGAAGAAGAAGGAGAGAAUCACAGAGGAGAGUAGCGCAAAAAUGGACGCUGAGAGAAUCAAAGAGCUGAAGGCCUUUGUGGAGCACUGCAAGCGCACCCCUUCUCUACUGCAAACUCCUUCUCUUGCUUUCUUCACUAAUUUCCUUCAAAGCUUGGGAGCUCAAAUUCCAGUUUCUGAAGAUUCGGCUAAUGAACGUAGUGGUGGUCAAGAUGAGGACAUUGUCGAGUCAGAUGUUGAGUUGGAUGAUGCUGAUGUUGUGGAGCCGGACAACGACCCUCCACUAAAGAUGGGAGAUCCUUCCAUUGAAGUAACUGAAGAGUCUCAGGAAAUUGCUCAGUCAUGGAAGGCAAAAGCUGUUGAUGCAGUCUCUGAGGGUAAGUAUAGUGAAGCCAUAGAUCACUUGACCGAAGCAAUCAUGUUGAACCCCAAGUCAGCAAUCUUAUAUGCAAAUAGAGCAAGUAUCUUUGUCAAACUAAAGAAACCAAAUGCUGCAAUUGGUGACGCCAAUGCAGCUUUACAGAUUAACCCCGACUCAGCAAAAGGGUAUAAAGCACGUGGAAUGGCACGAGCAAUGUUGGGCUCGUGGGAAGAGGCAGCUAGAGAUUUGCAUGUGGCAUCCAAAUUGGAUUUUGAUGAAGAGAUUGACUCGACACUAAAAAAGGUUGAACCUAAUGUACAUAAAAUUGAAGAGCAUCGUCGGAAAUAUGAAAGGAUACGAAAAGAGAUACGAAAAGAAAAGGAGCUUAGAAAAGCUGAGCUCGAGAGGCUGCGCCAAGAAGCUGAAGCCGCUGAGGCCUUAAAAGAUGGAGAAGUAAUCGUCAUCCCAUCUGCGCAUGAGCUGAAAACUAAGCUGAAUGCCGCUACAAAAACUUGGCGUCUUGCAGUGAUCUAUUUCACAGCAACAUGGUGCGGCCCCUGCCGCCAAAUUGCUCCUGUAUUCUCAACCUUAGCUGGGCGGUACCCACGAGGGGUGUUUCUGAAAGUUGAUAUUGACGCGGCAAGAGAUGCUGCUGCCGAAUACAAUAUUAGCAGCGUGCCAACUUUCUUUUUCAUCAAGAACGGAAGAGAGGUCGAUAAGGUCGUCGGAGCCGAUAAAAAUGAACUUGAACGAAAGGUUGCUCUUCAUGCUGGUUAGUUAUCUGAAGAAAAAAAUCUUUUUCAUGCUAACAAAAAUUAUGAUUUCUUACAAUUUGAUUUGUGUUUGGAUGUCUUUUUCUUUGAUUAUGGUAAUAAUUAUACUUAAGAUAGCAUAACUUGUGUAGAGGGAUUAAAUCUUGUGUUUAUAAUUAUUGAUCCUUGUAACUUCUAAAAAGGGUGGGCUUUUGGUAUUA